AGGCGUCGCACGGCGACGUCAACGUGCUGGAGCGAGAAUAUUCUGAGAGCCUUUUCGUCGCCGCCUCGUCGCGGGAACCAGUGCGCGCAGCAGGCGGGAGCCCAUGGGGGGAUGGCGCAGAGUCUGUAGGAAUUGCGGAAGAGGAGACGGAAGAGCAUAGCGACUGCGUGGCAAUCUAUUGUACCGUGGCAGCACCAUAGGAACGGACGACUGCCAUCUCUUCCUUGCUGCCGCCACCACUCCCUCGCCCUUCAACCACACCUUCACCGCCCUCUCCCCCUCCGAACCUCUCCCCUUCCCCUCCUCCUCUCCCUUCUCUCCCUCCUCCUCUCUCCCAUCCUUCUCCGCCUCCCCCUCCUCCCCCACACCCAAGAUCGCCUUUCUCUUCCUCUCCCGCGGCCCCCUCCCCCUGGCGCCCCUCUGGAAGCGCUUUUUCCGCGGGUACGCGCGGUACUACUCCGCGUACAUCCACCCCGCGCCCGGGUUCCGCGUGAAGAGGGGCGUGCGGCAAUCGCUGAACCUGACGGUGGUGCCCAGCAAGCCCGUGUUCUGGGGCACUCUCAGUAUCGUCGAGGCCAUCAAGCGCCUGCUAGCCCACGCGCUGCUGGACGCGCACAACGUGCGGUUCAUGGUGGUGAGCGAGCGCGACAUCCCGCUGCACGCCUUCCCCACCGUCUACCGCUACCUGCUCUCCUCGCCGCUCAGCUUCUCCGGCGGCCACCGCAAGUACUUCCGCAGCGUGCCCGCCGCCGUGCGCGCAUUCCCCCGUGCCCUCGUGCGCUCGGGAUGGGUGCACGGGGAGUGCUGGCUCGAGAUGGCUCGCCCCCAUGCGUGGGCGGUGGUGAGCGAGUGGAGGUGGCACGAGAUGGGUCUGCACUACUGCCUCGCCCUCUCCCAGCCCACGUGCUGCGUGGACGAGAACCUCAUGCAGAACCUCCUCACAUGGGCCUUCCCCCACCAAGUUGCCAACCGCACUGUCAUGAGCGUGCUGUGGAAGGGGAAGACCGGCCACCCACACACGUACCUGGGGGGGGACAUCACUGCUGCGUCGAUCAGAGCGAUUAAAGAGGAGCGGUAUAUGGCCAGGGUGGGCGGUAAUAGGAGCAGUGGAGCAGCAGAAGGGGGAGGGAGAGAGGGUGGUGCUUUGAGUGGGCUAAGCGCCGUCAGCAACAGCAGCAGCAGUGCUAUCAGUAUGCCCAACAGCUCGACUCCUAUUGGUGCAGUGGGUAUACUCAUCUCAAAUAAUACUAGUACAUUAACAGCCACUACCACCCCCUUCCCCUCUUCCACCGGUCAACCCUGCACUGUGAGCGGGCACCCUGCCCCCUGCUGGCUCUUUGCCCGUAAGUUUGUGGCUCGGUCCCUGCCCGAUCUGCUAGCGCUGCCUGAGGACGUCCUGGGGUAUUGAUGGGGGCAAAGCCACCCACACGAGCAGCAUCCCUUGCUGCUCACCGGGUAUGUGUGCAACGAAUCUGGGUUUCGGAUUAUGUGCUUGAUGCAAGCACGUGGAAGGCCAGGGCUUCGAACAACUUCGGGAAUUGUGGGCAUCGUGUCAACAAACAUAUCUACUAUAU